AUGGCGACCGAUGAAGAAGAGCAUCAGAAUCCUGAGGAGGAGCCUGUACAGCAAGAUACUAGUUUGAUCGAAACAAAAGUUAAAAGGCAUAAUAUUGGCAAGGUGAUGCAACAUGUGGCUCCUAAAUGGCUAGAUCUCACUAAUUAUGAUUUUGCCGAUAAUGGUAGGGUAUGGAUUGUUUGGGAUGAUAGAUUGGUUGAGGUGCAUUUUAUCAAGGCAGGUGCACAAUUUAUUCACUGUCAGGUCAAGAAUAGAUUGUCUACUAUGGAAUAUGCCCUUACAGUAGUCUAUGGUUUUAAUGCUGUGGAGCAAAGAAAAAGCUUAUGGGAGGAAGUGAAGAGUAUAGUCCAAGGUACAUCUAUGCCUUGGGUUAUUGGAGGUGAUUUUAACGUUGUCCUUACCUCAGAAGAUAGAUUAUGUGGUAAUCCUGUAUCUGCCACAGAGAUACAUGAUUUCUCAGAAUGUAUUGUUUAUGCUGGACUCACUGAAUUACCAUGGAAGGGUGAGUUUUAUACUUGGUCUAACAAGCAAACUACAGGGAGUAGAAUUUAUAGUAGGCUUGACAGGCUGUUUGGUAAUGAUGAGUGGAUGUGGAAUUGGGGCCACAUCUCUACUGAAUGUGGGUUGCCAAAUAUAUCUGAUCAUUCCCCUAUGCUUUUACAAAAUUCUCAAGGUACCAGACCUCCGAAAUCUCCUUUCAGAUUUUUUAACACGUGGAAAGAUCCUGCAACAUUUUUACCUAUUGUGCAAAGGCAUUGGGUGAACAGAUACCAAGAAGGGAGAAUGAAGAUGGUGAUACAGGAAGAGAUGCUACGUGAUCCAGCUGAUACCUUUAUUCUUAAGGAGAAAGAGGCCCUGUUCAACUUAGAAAAAUGGCCAUCGCUAGAAGAAAGUGUGAUGAGGCAGAAGGCUAGAUUGACAUGGAUCACUUUUGGGGAUGCUAAUACAAAAUAUUUUUCUGCUGUGAUCAAAGAGAGACAACACAAGAAACAAUUGCUCACUCUCACAUCCUUAGCCGGGACGACCUUAUGGAACCUGAUGAUAUACAAAAUAAAAUCUUACAUUUUUAUAAGAACUUAA